AUGUAUAAAACCCAAAUCUAUGAUGCGGAAUUUAAAGCUGAGAUUGAUUCACGUCAUAGGAGGCCUUCCUUGCCGUCUCAGAAUGUUUGUUGGCAACCAAUGUGGGUGGGUUCGUUCAAAUUAAAUGUCGAUGUAGCAGUUGACGUGAAGGAUGGGUGUCGAGGAGUUGGGAUACUUGUUUGUGAUUCUAAUUCUAACUUGCUUAGGGCUGUGGCGAUUGUGGCCCCUGGAAUGGUAUCUGUUCUUGCCACAGAACUUUAUGUUAUGAAGGUAGGCAUGUCUUAUGCAAUUGAUGCUUCAUGUGUGCCUCUGGUUCACGAAUCAGAUUGCAUGAAUGAUGUUCAAUUAGUGCAAAAGUAA